AUGAGUAAUUAUAAAGAAGAUGAAGGUGAUUGGGUUAUCACCAACAAAAAACCUGAUUUUUCUUGCUUCAACGAAUACUCAGAGCCUGAUCUUACAGAAUGGUUAAGCGAAUCAAAAUAUAAUGUUUGGGAACUCAGUAAUUUAAUAGUUAAUGGCACGCAUGAAAAUAUUAUUAUCUUAGAUAACGUGUUACUCUCUCUUGGAGAGGUACCAAUUGACCACGUUAACCCCAAAUUAUUGCCAGUUUUAAUUUCCUUACUAACAGAAGAAAAACUAGAAAAACGCCAGCUUGUUCCUAUAAUUCAUAUCUUGGCCAUGUUUUCUUUAAAACAAAAUGGAAUUGUCUCGGAAUUUUUUAAUCCAGCACUUGAAAAAUUACUAAUGUUUCACUUGCACGGAAAAGAUCGACGCCUGGCAAUAUAUUCUUUGAUAAUUAUAUCUUCUGCAGUUAGUCACAAGCAAAUUUGCAUUGAUUUCAUAAAUUUAGGAAUUUUCCAAAGCAUUGUUCAAUUUUCGAAUUCAGCAUCAAUCGAGUUAGAAAGAGUAGCUACCUUAUUAGUCAGUCUUAUUGAAGGAAUUUCAGAAGAAAAUAUUGAAGAUUAUUUCAAACUUCUAAAUCAAUCUUUACUAUUAGGACAACCAAAAAUACAAAAAGCUAUUUUAUGUGAACUAGCUAAACAUGUUUCAGGAAACGAAAAUAAAAUAAUGCAAAAUAAUCUUCAUAUUAUUUUACUAGAUCUCUUAAAUAAUGAAGAAAAGCGAUCUUUUACGAUUGAUAUAGUCUAUAAACUAACAAAAGCUGUUGGCGUUGGUUUCAUGGAAAAUUUCAACAUUUGUUCUUUACUACUCGAAUCAAUUCCUAAAGAGAACUAUAUGAGAAUUGGGAAAAUCGUUAAAAUCUACAAGCAAAUGCUUGAAAAUAACGCUUUUCAGCCAACAGUCCAACAAUUCAGAAAUCUUCUUCUUUAUUUGCAAAAAGGAUACUUUAAUAUUCUUGAAAUCCUUGUUGAUGUUGUGUGCAGUACAUUAAUGCAUAUCAAUGAUCAAGGUUUGUUUCAUUUCCUAAUUGAAGACGGAUUUUUUGCUUUUCUCCUCAGCUAUCUCGUUGGAGAGUGCACAGAUGAUGAAUCUGUUAACGACACCGCUAUUAGAUGCCUGUAUCAUCUGAUUUCAAAAGAACCUUGUUUUGCCGAUUUCGUCGUUAUUGAUUAUGAUAGUAUCCCAGAAUCGAUGUCCAUUUCUCAUGAUGGAUACAUUCUUCUUAAUAAGGUGUUCGAACUUGUAGAAAGACGUCAUAGUUAA